AUGAGCUUGAGUCUCGGCUCCGACUCUUCCGUUUCUUCACCGGACGCCGUGGAGUGGAGGUUUUCCCAAGCGUUUGGCGAUAAGCUCCCCGGAGAAAGUAUACAGGACGCUGAUCUUAUUACGGCGCUUGAGUUCGAUAAGAAUGGAGAUCACCUGGCCGUGGGCGAUCGAGGAGGUCGCGUUGUCAUCUUUAAGCGGGAUGGUGUUAAUAGUGAUUGGGAGACAUUUCUUUCUGGAGAUGACCUAAGAAUAAAUUUGUGGAAUCUUGAAGUUAGCAACCAGUGUUUCAAUAUAAUUGACCUGAAGCCUACAAACAUGGAAGAUCUCAUAGAGGUGAUCACAGCAGCGGAAUUCCACCCAUUUCACUGUAAUUUGCUGGCUUACAGCAGUUCAAGGGGAUUUGUUCGGCUUGUAGACAUGAGACAAUCAGCUCUAUGUGAUCAUAAUGCAAGAAUAUUCAAAGAUGAGGACUCCCAGCCGAAAUCAUUCUUCACCGAGAUUAUUGCGUCAAUAACUGAUAUGAAAUUUGCAAAUGAUGGAAGGCAUAUUUUGAGCCGUGAUUAUAUGAAUCUGAAGCUUUGGGAUAUGAACAUGGAUGCCGGUCCAGUUGCAACAUUUAGGGUUCACGACAAUCUUCGUCCUAAACUGUGUGAUCUGUACAACAAUGAUGCAAUAUUCGAUAAGUUCGAAUGCUGCCUUGCUAAAGACCGGCUUAGUUUUGCUACCGGGUCUUACAGCAAUCACCUACGUAUAUUUUCUUACGAAAAUGGGAGUAACGAUGGAGUAACCAUUGAAGCCAGUAGAAAUACAAAUACGAAGCCGCAAAUCCAAACGACAUCAAGACCUCGUCGAUCAUCCUUGAGCAACUUGGCUAGAGGAUUUUACCGACCAGGCCAUGAUUCCAAUAAUUUGGGAAGUACCGAUUUUUCGUAUGACUUCAAUUCUAAGUUACUCAACCUGGCUUGGCACCCGACGAACGAUUUGAUUGCAUGUGCCACAGGAGGCACAUUAUUUAUGUAUCAUGCUUAA